AUGAUUAAAUCAAAGAUAAAAAAACAUACACAUAUACACAGAAACGGAGAAGAAGGAAGACAACUAGGUGAAUCAUUUGAAAGCAGGACAAAAGAAGGGACAACAACAACGAUAACAACAGCAUACAUUUGCUUUUUUGCUAUAAACCAUUUUGCUUUGUGGAGUUCACUUACUUCUGUGUUCUUUGUAUAUAUAUUAGAUCAAUCUUUACAACACAACAACAGUAAUAAUAAUAGUGAACAAGAAAGAACAACUUAUCAAAUAUUUGGCUCAUAUAACAAAAGGCCGAAUUAUAUCCAAGGAAACCAGACGUACACAAAGUGCAUCUUUCUUUUCUUUUCUUUUUUUCCCUGUUUUUAUUCUAUUAACAGAUUCCAUCAUUUCCUCAUAUUUAUAGAAUUGGACAUAGGUGACUCAACAAUUAUACAAAAAGAAAGGGAGAAACAACUACUUAAACAAUUAAAUUUAUUACUAGAGGAUCAUUAA